GUGCCUGUUCAAGUGCCUGUGCUAUUUUGUGCCGACACGCGACGACACAAUGGAAGCACUAUUAUCCCUCUCCUUUGACAACACUUCGUCCAAGGACAUUAUCAAGAUCCGCAAGGGCCUGCGCCAGAUCGAAGGUCUCUUGGCUCAAAUAUGCAUCCCCCCUUCAUGCUCGCAGCAGAAGCGUAGACCGUCUUCCUCUUCUUCGCGUCUGUCGGGCGACACGCUGCUACCACCCAGACAGCUGAGUCAGGUCUGUCAGGACCCUGCCUACAGGGAGUUCUUCCGCCUACAGGAGGGCUUUGAAUGGAAUGUCGCUUCUCGUCUGAUGGCCUGUCUCGAGACUCUGCUGGGAAUGCCCAAUGCUACCCAGUCAAACGCCAUCAUCCUCUCGGCUCUGGACAUCCUCCAAGGCGUGCUCCUCCUUCACCCUCCCUCGCGCGCUCUCUUCCGCCGAGAGAGCUACAUGGACCUCAUUCUCGACCUUCUAGACGCUGCAAAUCCACCCGUCGUCCAGUCGCAAGCCCUCCUCGUCCUCGUUACCGCUCUUCUUGCUACUCCCGAAAGCACUCGCACCUUUGAGAAGAUGGACGGCCUCCUUGCCAUCGCAAGCUUGUUCAAGUCACGCAGCACAUCCAGAGAAGUCAAGUUGAAGGUUGUCGAGUUCCUCUACUUCUAUCUCAUGCCCGAAACGCCUUCUGUCAAUUCUUCUUCGGCUGGUCCGCAGAGAAAGUCUAGCAAGCGCAUCAACACCAAUGAGAACCACGCCUUCGCAAAAACAACAGAUGAGAAACAGCGUCUGCUCGGCCAGUACCUGAGCAACGUCAACGAGCUCGUCCAAGACCUUCGCGAGAAUGCUCCUUUCGCUUUCUAGGCAAUAACUCUCUUACUUUUCUUAUCAGCGGCAUUUGCGGUCUUGGUUGCAAUGGUGUUUUUCGACUUUUACUACAACACAGCAUCUGGAGUUUGGAAUCGGGAUAUGGGCCCAAGGAGUCGGGCAUGGUUAUGGACGCUUGAAAUAAAGCACUGGACUGUUUCACAAGGGCUGCAUUUCGAGGCAUUGGGCUGGAGUAUUCAAGGUCACCUUUUGUUACAAUUUUUCUCGAUGGAUACCCCCUCAUAACUUACAGCAAUGGCGCAGCAAGACCCACACGUCUUAGAACAGGAAUCAAU